AUGAAUUUGUGUAAAUGUUAGUCCAAAACAAAACAUAAUCCCAUAAACAAAUUCUUCAAUAUAUGUGUCUUGCAAACCCCUCCAAAUUAAUUAGAAAAAAUUAUUAUUAGUACUGCAUUUUCCUAUUUCUUAAAUAAAACAAUAAAAAGAUAAGAAUUACAUUAAUUGUUGAUUGUAUUUGUUCUCUAUUAAUAUAGCAAGUCCAAUCUGAAUAUCCUGAAGUAGCGCCAGAUUUCGCUGAAUAUCAGGCCAUCCAUCUAAUAUAGAGUAUAAAAUUAUUAGUUUGUUACUAAAUCCAAAUGAAAGAGAGCCUCAGGUUAUGGUGUAUAUUAAGCUUCUUUUAUUGUUGCAAAAGCAUAAUUAUUAAAAAUAACUUAUGUUAUUUGAUAAUAACUUAGUCAUUUAAUACUUUUGCAUAAUUUAUUUGA